UUUUUUUUAUUUUUAAUUAAUCAAAAUUUUUUCAUGAGUUUUAAAAGUGCUUAUAUGGACGAAAAUGUCAAGGAAAAUCAAUUUACUUUAGUCAAUCAAUUUCGAUGGUUAUUAGCUGGUGCUGCUGCUGGUUUAGCAGUUGAUUUAAGUCUUUACCCUUUGGAUACAGUCAAGGACUUCUAGAUCCUUUGCAAUUGUCAAUAACUAUUUUUUAUUUUAUUUAUUUAUUUAUUUAUUUAUUUAUUUAUCAGCAAACCACAGGUAUUUUAAAAUACAUUAAAGUGGUGCGUAAAAAAAAUAUAUACAAAGUAAAAAAUAUGUGAAGCAACAUGUAAAGCAACAACAAAAAAAAACAUGAAAAAAAAAAUAUAUAUAUAAAUAGUAAACAAACACUCGAAAACCACGCACGCUAGGGUUUAAUGUCCUUAGUAUUUUAUAGAAUACUGUUUAAUGAGACUUCUAAAUUUUUUCGGAUCAUUUAUUUUAAAUGGCUCUGUUGGAAGUUUAUUCCAGUUAUUUACCACUCUGUGAAAGAAAUUAUUUUUUGUUUUAUUUGUAUAUUUUUUUGUCCUAAGAAGUAGAGGCCUGCGAAAGGAUCUAUUUGAUAAAUUAAAAUAUUUUUGUGAAUUAAGGGAUGUAAAACCUUUUAUAAUUUUAAAGGCGGUGGACAGAUCGGCAACCUUUCUUCUAUCUAAUAACUUUUCGAGUUUACAAGUAUUUAAUCUUUCUUCAUAUGGGACCUUGAUUAAACCACAUUUUUUGUAAAUAUUUUUAGUGAAUAGUUUUUGGAUUUUUUCAAUUUUCUCUAUUUGAUAUUUCAUCUGUGGAUUCCAUACUUCAGUUGCGUAUUCUAGUUGGGGUCUUAUAUAUGUCUUAUAUAUAUUAACGAGGAGAUUUAAAUUUCUAGAUUUAAUGAUUCUUAUUAUUUGGGAGCUUUUUAAAUAUGCGUUUUUUAUGAUCAUAUUUAUAUGAUUGUUAAAUGAUAUUUUUGA